CAUGUGGAUUCAACAGCUCUCGGGACUCAGUUCCAUGUCCAUCCGCUGGCCGGGCUGCGCCCUCGGAAGCCACGCUUGGAUACUGAUAGCCAUGUUUCAGCUCGCCCUGGACCUGCCAUCCUGUGAGUCCCUGGGGCCCGGCCCUGAGCUCCGCCUCCUGCCGCGGCCCAGCCGGCCACCCCGCUUGUGGAGUCUGAAAAGUGGACAGCCGGCGCGGGUCCCCACCCCGGUGUGGAGCCCCCGGCCGCCCCGCGCCGAGCGCAGCCAUGGACAGAUGCCAGCCCCCCGGGCCCGGCGGGCACACAGACCCCGGGACCAGGUGGUCGCCCUGGUCCCCAAAGGGGGGCUCAGCAAGCCCCCAGCUGCUGCCAAAUCCAGCCCGGCCCUGGGCUCCUCGUCCUCCUCGACCUCCGCACCCGGCGCCGGGGCCCCCACGGACCCGCAGGCCCUCCUGAGGAGGAGCCGGAGGCACGUGCAGGGGGCUGCCUUCAACUUUGACCUCCAGGGCGGCAGGUCCACCACCGAGACCGAGUUCAUCGCCUGGGGGCCCACGGGGGAGGAGGGAGCCCCCGAGUCCAACACGUUUCCAGGCGUGUUCGGCCCCACCACGGUCUCCAUCUUCCAAACGCGCAAGUCCACGGUGGCCACCACCACCGCCGCCACCACGGCCACCUCCCUGACGUUGCAGACUAAGGGGGGCACCGAGCCCCUGGGCCCCGGGAGCAGGUUCCCGUUUGGGGUCAGCACAACGGAGCCUUCCAUCAGCCCCAGCAAAGACAGUGGCGUCAAGCCCCCGCGGAUUCUGGGGGAGACCUCAGGUCUGGCCGUCCAUCAGAUCAUCACCAUCACUGUCUCCCUCAUCAUGGUCAUCGCUGCUCUGAUCACAACCCUUGUCUUAAAAAACUGUUGCGCCCAAAGCGGGAACACGCGCCGGAACAGCCACCAGCGGAAGAUCAACCAGCAGGAGGAGAGCUGCCAGAACCUGACGGACUUCACCCCCGCCCGCGUGCCCAGCAGCCUGGACAUAUUCACGGCCUACAACGAGACCCUGCAGUGCUCCCACGAGUGCGUCCGGGCGUCCGUGCCCGUGUACGCCGACGAGACGCUGCACCCCGCUGGGGAGUACAAGUCCACGUUUAACGGGAACCGACCCUCGUCUUCAGAUCGGCAUCUUAUUCCUGUGGCCUUCGUGUCUGAGAAAUGGUUUGAGAUCUCCUGCUGACUGGCCGAAGUGUUUUUUACGUCCCGGGGCUGGGCGGACGCCGCGUGUCUACUCUAUGGAUUCUCUUGGUGACCCUGUACAAACAUUAAAUUAAAAACACACACACACAAAACCUAAAACUGAACUUGGAGGGGCGGCCCCACACCUGCCGCUGCGGCUCGGUGGGGACCCCAAGAGCAGGACGCUAUAGGCCAAAUAUAUUUUUAUAAAAAUGCUGACGCCUAUGGGGACCUGCCUUCUCCCCGGGUUUCUCUGGAGAGCAGAAGAGGAGGCCGGAGGAAGGAGCCGGAGCCGCGGCCGGAGGCGG